AUGCAGAUCUUUAACACGAACCUUAGAAUGCUUCGACUCACUUGGACGAACAUGAUCUACGAAACAAUUUUGACCCACCGCACAUUUGAAGGCCGAUUCUACAAAACGAUGAAUUUAUACCGACGCAAGAUAUGCAGCCCGUUUUCCACCCUGGAGAGCGCCCUCGCCGACGAAAGAGCAUUGAUAAUAUCCAAGAUACAUACACUAAUGAUAUCGAAAACGAAGAUCAGCAUCGAGCAUGCUCUGUUAGCCCUUUUGGGACAUAUCGGGUCUCCCUUGGGAAAAGGACAGGAUACUUCUGAGUACUCAACCCUUUUAGCGAGCUUCGAAAAUGGUGUCUUGCUUAUCAAAGCCUUGGAGAUGAAAGGCCCGAGCAGGUUGACCCAAGAGGAUGCCCAACGAUACGUCCAAUGCUGCUCAGAGCUGAAGGUUAAGCUUAGUUCUAUCUACACGGAGCCACAUCUCAGGCCCCUCGAUCCAGGAUUCGAUGAGUUGCUUCCUUCCCCGAAUUUCAUGAUGGAGGCGAAGACUAUCGAGAAAAAGCCGAGAGCAAGGGACGUCCUACGCCGCACUCCAUUACACAUUCAGCUCUAUCGCAACGAUACUUCCAAGUUCCCGUUAUACCUCGGACAAGGGACGUUGAAAACGCCCGACUAUUUUGGACGCUCACUUCUUCACAUUGCUUCUUACAAUGGGGAUAAGGGAGCCGUCAGAUCUUGCCUGAAUCACAAUUAUGAUGCCACCCUUCAGGACAAGGAAGGAUUGACAUCGUUACACUGUGCGAGUGGAGCAGGGCAUUCAGAAGUUGUAGGCAUGUUGAUCGACCACGAAUCCAGGAGAGCAAAUGCUAGUCUGUUACUAUGUCGCGAGGACACCUAUCGAAGAACACCGCUUCUAAUUGCAUCUUUUCAAGGCCAUACGGAGGCUGUGAAAACCCUCAUGAGCCGUAGUCCGGACCAAUCUUACAUGAAUCGACAGGAUUGCAGAAACUGGGCGGCAUUACACUAUGCAGUGUGGCGUGGUCACCUCGGAGUAGUGAAAGAACUGCUAUCGAGUCGAGAUGUGGAUGUAAAUCUGCAGAAUGGGGAGGGAAGGACCCCUUUACACCUGGCCAUCAUUCAACUCUCCGACAACAAUGAGUCAUGGGGCAUAUUGAGUUCAUUACGUGAACAUGUUGGUACCAACCCAAAUGUCCGCGAUGAAAAAGACAGAACUCCGCUCCACCUCGCGCUGCUAUGUGGCAACCAUAGUGCGGCCGGCAGUCUUUUGGAGAUGUCGAGCAUCAAUACAGGCGGCCACGACCUUGAAGGUAACAGCGUCCUGCAUUUCGCAGCACGACUUGGAUAUGCUGAUUUAUUCGCAACACUGCUGCAAACCCGGCCCCUGUCGUUCAAUGACAUGAACACUGCAAUGGAGACGCCACUUCACAUAGCAGUGAGAAGUAAGAGCAGGGAUAUUGUGAAGAUUCUUUUGAAUAUUAUUGGCAUACAAGUCAACACCACAGCAGUCGGCGGGGAAACCCCUUUGAUGGUGGCUGUAAGCCAUACCGACCGGACCACUACGGGACUAUUGCUGCAAACAGGCAUGGUGGAUGCAAAGUUGAUACGACAAUCAAUCGAAAGAGCCCAGCAAAUGGGGUCCCGUCAUAGACUUACAAUGCUCGAAGAGGAGCUCGCUGAGGCAGGACUCGGUUCCAUGAAUUCUUACUUUACGCAGGCUAGAUAG